AUGUCUGUUCUCUCCCGCGACUCGAUUUUGAAAGCUAUUCAAGCCAAACAAAUUACCAUCACUCCAUUCAACUUGUCUCACUUGGGUCCUGCUUCUUAUGACUUAACUCUUGGAGAUGAAUUCAGAGAAAUGACAGUUUCCGAAGAUGUUAUUCCAAUUACUGAUGACGUUGACUAUAAGCAAUACUCAAAGGUUGUUAAGGUUCCAAAGGGUGAAUGCUUUGUUCUCAAACCAGGUCAAACUGUUUUGGGCAUCACUGAAGAAACUGUCAGUAUUUCACCAAGUUUCUGUGGUUUGUUGGAAGGUAGAUCUAGAUUCGCUCGUAUGGGUCUUGCUAUUCACAUCACUGCUGGUUUCAUGCAACCAGGUAUUAACAACAAGCAAGUCUUGGAAAUUUUCAAUGCUAGUCCUAAUUCUCUUGCAUUGUAUCCAGGCACUCACUUGUGUCAAUUCGUCUUUAUGAAGCUUGAAGGUAGAGCUGUUUAUACUGGACGUUUUGCAUCUCAAUCCCUCGAUUAAAUAAAUUAUCUAUUUACCUUGAAUUGGAAGGUAAUUGAAAUAUUAAUUAGGAAGGUUUGUAAAAAUCUUCAAUAAACUAGUGUAAAGAAUCGUAUAUUUAUUAGAAAA